GUGUCUCUGGGUUUAGAAACUCUGUGCUAAUAGUUACACUGUCAACAUCAGACAAACGCCACAAAAAACUCUGACAGCUGAAUAAAACAAAUUAAUAUGGAUGACGAGGUGUUGACAACUUUGAAAAUAUUGAUAAUAGGUGAGAGUGGUGUCGGAAAGUCAAGUCUUCUCCUGAGAUUCACAGACGAUACUUUUGACCAAGAGCUAGCAGCAACCAUAGGUGUGGACUUUAAAGUAAAAACAAUUGCAGUGGAUGGGAACAGAGCCAAGCUUGCUAUUUGGGACACAGCAGGACAGGAGAGGUUCAGGACCCUGACGCCCAGCUACUACCGUGGUGCACAGGGAGUCAUACUGGUGUAUGAUGUCACUAAACGGGUCACGUUCACGAAGCUGGAGAACUGGCUGAACGAACUGGAGACAUACUGCACACGGAACGACCUCGUCAAAAUGCUGGUCGGGAACAAGAUUGAUAAGGAGGAAAACCGUGAAGUUGACAGAAACGAAGGCCUUAAAUUCGCAAGGAAACACUCCAUGCUUUUUAUUGAGGCCAGUGCUAAAACACGGGACGGUGUCCAGUGUGCCUUCGAGGAGCUGGUGGAGAAGAUCCUCCAGACCCCAGGGCUUUGGGAAAGCGACACCCAGCCUCGGGGCGUCCAAAUGGGGGACCAGCAGCAGCGCAGGCUGGGGGGCUGUGGAGGAUACUGCUCCAUUCCAUAAACCAGAACUGACCCAAAACCCAAACGGCAUACUGGAAACCAGAAACUGAGGAUAUCAAGAGGAUAAUACUGUGUGUUCUGGUGCCAUCUGCACCUUCGGUCUUGGUCAAAAGGACUUACACACUUCCUGUACCAUUAGUCAGUUAUCACAGUGCAUUAUGGCAUGUUCAAAGUAUGGUUGGUAUUAAUCACGUAUAAAAGAUAAUGGUAAGGAAGUACAGGGUUUUAACUAUCAUGGGUUGUUAACCACACCAACUCACAUGUACGUCUUGUUGAACACAUGGUGAAAUGUUGAAUUUCCUCUCUACAAUAUAAUAUUGAAUGUUUUCUACAUGUUUAUGCAAUACAGUAUGUUACAUACAUCAAGUUAAAAUAUAAUCACUGCAUCAUGUCAAAUACCUACCAAGUUAUACCAAAAAUAGCUUUGCUAUUUACAGUUGAUGUCGGAAGUUUAAGUACACUUCGGUUGGAGUCAUUAAAAUUUGUUUUUCAACCACAA